AUGACACGAAUUCAAAUACUCAGAUAUGCAGCGGAUAAAUUGACAAUUGGUACACCUCAAACAAAUAUUUCUACUGCUGAAUAUAAAUCAGAUAGAUUAUCGAUCAUGUCUAUGAAUUCAGAUGAACACAAUAAAUGCUUGAUGCCUCCUAAUGAUUCAAUAAAUCAGAAG